AUGUCAGCAUUCUUAGUGCCAAGUAUCAUCGUGCGCUUCAAUCUUGAGCAGCGAGUGAAAGCACUGAACCUUUGGCAAGAUAAAAUCUAUUGGAAUGAGAGAAGGAUAGGCAUCCGAUUCGAUCACUAUGAUAACCCUGAGCUGUCAAGUAUCGACUUCAGUACGCUCUCGAAAGACCUAAACGCUGUGAACACCAAUCUCGCAUUUAUAGUCCUGCUUUGCAAAAGCACUACACGUAUGCUCGAGUUUCUUGAUCAGGUUGCAAGGAGAUACAAAAGGCAAGCAGACAAUAAUGGGGUACCCGAAGACGAAUCGACUGAAAUCGAGCAAUUGCUCCUUGAUACCAAUUCCGAGCUGCGAUCCUGGAACGUGGGGCUUGAGGAUCGAGCAGAAUACGUAUCCAAGCGAGGACAAGCCAUAGUACAAACUGUCUAUAGUGCAAUUGCGCAGCGCGACUCAGCGACAAGUCUUCGUUUGGCGAGCACGAGCACUAGUCUGGCGCAAUCGUCUCAAAGCGUAGCAAUAUCAACAUCCCGCGACAGUGCCGUCAUGAGAAUAAUUGCUGCGAUUACCAUUUUCUUCUUACCGGCAACGUUCACUGCUACUUUCUUCAGCACCACGUUUUUCAGUUUCAACGAUGACUUAGGUGGUCGCAUAUACUCUCAAUGGAUCUGGCUGUACUUCUUGGUUACGAUUGUAUUGACCUUAAUUGUGGUAGUAGGUACUUGGUUCUUGUGGCGUAUGAAAGAGCGUGAAGUCAUGGCAGCUUUGAUCACACCUAAGGAGGAACAAGGAACAGAUCCCGUAGCAUUCGAUCAGCGGCCAACCGAACUUGAAUUAGAUCAGUUUGUUGAGCAAGAAAGUGGAAAUGUAGCGCGGAGAGAAACUAUCGCAAGGUUACGUACAGGUUUAGAUUGGACCAAGUCGACAACUCAACAGAAGACGGCACAUGGGCAAGGGGAACCGAGCGCAUAG